UAUUAAUUCUAUAUUUAUUUUUUGACUGACUGAUGCAUGUACAGUAGCAGUCUGAUCAGCUUCUCGUGUAUGACAAAGGGGUUUCGUUUGGUACACAGCGCAAUGGAGAACACGCGAGUAUCUGUGCUAACCCUACUCCUUUUUGCGUUGAUAAACGGCUAUUGGUGUUUGGAUGUAACCAUUUUUAAAAAUCCUGUGAAGAUUGGGGAUGAUGUGGUGUUUGAGAUUAACCCCCCCUCAGUGCCACAAUCAGGAUCCUGGAAUUCACAGACGCUGUUGGCCUUUUGGGUCGACUCUAACGUGGUUUCGGGCGUUGGAUAUAAAGGGAGAAUCUCUGUGAAUACUUCCACUGGAUCACUGACGCUGAAGUCUGUAAGACUCAGUGACUCCGGAAAUUAUUUUGUUCAGGGUCAAACCACAGAUGGAGUUGAAUUCAGUGGAAAUACUACCUUGACUGUUUUUGAACCUGUCUCCCAACCCACAGUCCGCUCCAAUGUGACUGAUCCAGUGGAGUUCAAUGACACUGUCAGUUUGACCUGUACAGCCUCUGGCUCUGCCGUCUCCUACCAAUGGCUCAUUGGGAGCUCAGUGCUUAGAGACAGUGAGCGGAUUCACCUGAGUGAUGACAAUAAAACACUGACCAUACCCAGGGUGUUGAGAUCUGAUGAUGGGACCCUGUAUUGCUAUGUGUUUAACCCUGUCAGUAACAGCACCAGCGAGGCGUUUCAUCUCAUCGUGAGCUAUGGGCCAGAUGACAUGACUAUAAACCCCCCCGACCCAAUCUAUAGUAGUGCGGGAUCAGACCUCACUCUGUCCUGUUCUGCACAGUCCAGCCCACCUGCUCACUACCAAUGGUUCUUUAAUGGAGCCCCUCUUAACAAACAGGGCUCACAGCUGAAUAUGGCUCACAUUCAACACAAUCAGACUGGAAACUAUACCUGCUGGGCCUCUAACAAUAUAACCCUUAGGUAUGGUGAUGUAACAAGAAGCAUAUUUGUUAUAGAACCGAUAACUAAUGUGACUUUGAACCCCACCCCUGCACAGCCAAUACUGAAUAACACAUUCAAUCUAACCUGCGAGGUGUCUGGGUUAGGGGUUGCUGAUUCAAGGCUCUGGAUGAUGGAUGGUCAUCCCUUGUCCACUAAUGACAGGAUAACACUAUCAGUGGACAACAGCACGGUCUCCUUCAACCCAGUACUACUGUCUGAUAACGGCACAUAUCAGUGUACAGCUUCUAACCUUGUAAGCAAUGAGACUGGAGCUGGAUACAAAUUAAUUGUCAACUAUGGACCAGAGGAGGCCUCCAUUAUGGCACCAGACUUGGCAGCUAGUGGUUCAGCGAUAAUGUUAACAUGUUCAGCUCACUCUCAGCCCCCCAGUCACUACACCUGGUAUCUCAAUGGGAAACAGACUGCCAAUGGCUCACAGUACAUGAUAGAUCAUGUAAGCGCUGAUAAUCAGGGAAAUUACACCUGUGUGGCUUGGAAUUCUGUGACUGGAAGGAACAGUUCUGCCAUAAAGGAGCUUACAGUGAUAGAACUGAUAACUGAAGUUUCUGUGAACCACACCCCUGCACAUCCAAUAUUGAACGACAAUCUGAGUCUGACCUGUGACGUGUCUGGAACUGUUGACUCAAGGCACUGGCUGAAGGACGGUCAGUCCCUGUUUACUGAUGACAGAAUAACAUUGUCUGGAAAGAACAGCACAGUCUCCUUCAACCCAGUCCUGCUGACUGAUAACGGCACAUAUCAGUGUACAGCAAAUAACCCUUUUAGUAAUAAGACCAGCGAUGGAUACAUAUUGGUCGUCAACUAUGGACCAGAGGAGGCCUCCAUUAUGGCACCAGACUUGGCAGCUAAUGGUUCAGCGAUAAUGUUAACAUGUUCAGCUCGCUCUCAGCCCCCCAGUCACUACACCUGGUAUCUCAAUGGGAAACAGACUGCCAAUGGCUCACAGUACAUGAUAGAUCAUGUAAGCACUGAUAAUCAGGGAAAUUACACCUGUGUGGCUUGGAAUUCUGUGACUGGAAGGAACAGUUCUGCCAUAAAAGAGCUUACAGUGAUAGAACUGAUAACUGAAAUUUCUGUGAACCACACCCCUGCACAGCCAAUAUUGAAUGACAAUCUGAGUCUGACCUGUGACGUGUCUGGAACCGUUGACUCAAGGCACUGGCUGAAGGACGGUCAGCCCCUGUCCACUGAUGACAGAAUAACAUUGUCUGGAAAGAACAGCACAGUCUCCUUCAACCCAGUCCUGCUGACUGAUAACGGCACAUAUCAGUGUACAGCGAAUAACCAUUUAAGUAAUAAGACCAGCGAUGGAUACACACUGGUCGUCAACUAUGGACCUGAGCAAGCAUCCAUUACAGGACCACAAUUGGCAGCUGUAGGUUCAUCUGUAACAUUGACCUGUUCAGCGCCCUCUCAGCCCCCUUGUGGAUACACUUGGUAUUUCAAUGGGACAGAGACUGCCCAGGGCUCACAUUACAAGAUGAGUCCUGUGAGCUCUGCUAAUAGUGGGCCAUACACCUGUGUGGCUCGAAACUCAGUGACUGGAAACAACAGUUCUGCUGUAAUGGAACUUAUUGUGAUUGAACUGAUAACUGAAGUUUCUGUGAACCACACCCCUGCACAGCCAAUAUUGAACGACAAUCUGAGUCUGACCUGUGACGUGUCUGGAACCGUUGACUCAAUGCACUGGCUGAAGGACGGUCAGCCCCUGUCCACUGAUGACAGAAUAACAUUGUCCGGAGAGAACAGCACAGUCUCCUUCAACCCAGUCCUGCUGACUGAUAACGGCACAUAUCAGUGUACAGCAAAUAACCAUUUAAGUAAUAAGACCAGCGAUGGAUACACACUGGUCGUCAACUAUGGACCAGGGCAAGCAUCCAUUACAGGACCGCCAUUGGCAGCUGUAGGUUCAUCUGUAACAUUGACCUGUUCAGCACCCUCUCAGCCCCCUUGUGGAUACACUUGGUAUUUCAAUGGGACAGAGACUGCCCAGGGCUCACAUUACAAGAUGAGUCCUGUGAGCUCUGCUAAUAGUGGGCCAUACACCUGUGUGGCUCGAAACUCAGUGACUGGAAACAACAGUUCUGCUGUAAUGGAACUUAUUGUGAUUGCACCAAUAUCCAACAUUAAUGUGAAACCCACCCCUGCACAGCCAAUAGAGAACAAAACAUUCAGUCUGACCUGCAACGUAACUGGGACCGCUGACUCAAGGUUCUGGUGGAAGGACGACCAGCCUCUAUCCACUUCUGAAAGGAUAACAUUGUCUGGAGACAACAGCACAGUCUCCUUCAACCCAGUCCUGCUGACUGAUAACGGCACAUAUCAGUGUACAGCUUCUGACCCUGUAAGCCAAUUGAAUAGCACUGGAUACAGAUUGGAUGUGAACUAUGGACCAGAGCAUGUCUCCAUUACAGGCCCAGCCUUAGCAGUUAAGGGCUCAACGGUAACAUUCACAUGUUCGGCUUACUCUCAGCCCUCUUGUGAAUACAUGUGGUAUUUCAAGGGGAAAGAGACGGCCAAGGGCUCACAAUACAAGAUAUCUGCUGUAAGCACUAAAAAUAAUGGGGGAUACACUUGUGUGGCCUGGAACUCGGUGACCGGAAGGAACAGUUCUGCAGUAAAGGACCUUGUUGUGACUGACCCUAAUGGUUCUGCUUCCUUGGCAUCUGGACAUGCAGUAGAGGUGGCGAUUGCUGUUCUGGUUCUUCUGCUUUGUGUUUCAGGGUAAAAUGCUGCAGAUGGGGAUUCAGGGGUUUUGUAGAUCAUUGAGCUCCAAAGGAAGUAAUUGGAAGAAUAGAUUUGUUUUAACAUGUUCUGAACAUUAUAUAUCUAUAUUAUUAAUUAUUUUUCAACAGCUUUGAUUGCUUGACUUUGUAAUGUUUUUAAUUAAUGGACCUCCCCUCCCACCCAAGCACAGAAUGCCCCAUGGAAAAUCUGACAGAUUUGAAUCACUAACACUAAAAUUGGGUUUUCCAGAGGAUUUACAUUACAGAUUUAAAGAGAUAUUAAGUUUAAUUAAUAUACACAACAUUAUAUUGGGCUGUUCAUACUUACUAAGGGUGUGUUCUGUAUUUUCAUUAAACUGCAUUGAUGUUAAUCCCUCUUUGAGAGCUGUAACAACUUACCUGGGCACAAUGUACUGUUCCUUUUCUGUAUUAAAGACAGCAUACAUAAAAGAAACUCUAAAAACACGCUAGUGUUGUCCAACAGGUUGUAUUGAAAACGCCCCUUAAUUUAAGUUAUACAUUCUAGUUGUAGGCACGUGUAAUAUAUAUAUAUAUAUAUUUAUGACUUUGAUGAAAAUGUGAAACAGUAAUUUAAAAAGUCAUUGCUUAUCAUUACAGCACAAUGGUUAAAAAAACGAUACUAUGCUUUCUGCAGUUACAGCUAUUUAAUAUUUUAUUAAACUACUUUCAUUGUUGUAUAUCAUGUCCUGUAAACUGUGAUGCUUAAUUUUCAUUUACUGUACACCUUUAUAAGGGAAAGUUGAAAAUCUAGGCCACCCUGUCAAUGAAAACCAUAAAUGCUUGUCAUUCUGACUUCCAGUUGUUCCCCAAACCAAACAUUAAUAAAAUUACACCAAACAAAUGUAAGAA